CUGCCUGUGGAGAAGGCAUGGGAUGUGUUGAGACCUGUCCUAACCAGCUGUUCCAAGUCACCAGGCACCUAAGAGACAUUGACGAAAAGUUCCAGAGUUUCCGGGAACUUUUCCAAAGAGUUGGUGCCACAUUUCCAAGUCCUGUCGAAGUUAAAUUGACUGACUUGCUUCAGGCCAUUUCCUCCUUCCUCAGCAAGUAUCCAGCCUUGAAUGGCAGCCAGGCCAUCCAGCCAGCCACUGCUUCGCUCAUCACCUGUGUGAACGAUCUCAACAGCCAAUCAAAAGGGACUGAAAACAAGAAACGCUACAGUGAGAUUUUUCGGAGCCUGGAUGCACUGGAAAUUUCAAUUGGAAAUGCGGCAGUUGAUAUGUUCAUUGAUGAUACUAAUGAUACUAAUGACAAUGAUACUCAAGUCUCAAACUCACAGCAGGAAAAUCUACAGCCAGAAAUUUUCCAUAAAUGUGAAAAAAAUAUGGAGGAAGGAGAACCAGGAAACAUCUCAGUGGAAGAGGCUGACGAGAUGCUGAUCAAGUGUGAUGGUGGUGUGGAAGCAGCCCUGGGUUAUGCCAAGAUGUGGUGCAAAUAUAUCAAGGAGCUGCUGAACUGGGUAGACAAACGCCUUGCUUAUGAGGUUGAAUUUGCAAAGAACAUCCUGAAGAUUGCUGAAGCUGGCCGAAGUGCCAUUUUUUCUCAGAACUGCAUGCCUCUCCAGACUCUGUACACCAUGGUUAUGGAGCAUGACAUAAAGGCAGGGAAUGUAGCCCUUGAAACAGCUUCAGUGUUGCAUGUGAAAGAAUACUAUGAGCCUCUUUGGGCCAAGAGGAAUGAAAUUGAGAAAUGGCGAAAGGAAUUCAAAGACCAGUGGCAAAAGGAGCAGAAAAGGAUGAAUGAUUCUUUAUCCUCUAUGCGCAAGUCCCGCAUCCAUUAUCUCCAGCGCUGUGAGGAUCUGGAGAAGGCCAAAGUGUUAAGUGCCAAGGCAGAAGAAGAAUGCCAGGGCAUGACAGGCAGUGGUAACAAGCAACUGGAGAAGCGUCGCCGUUACAGAGUUGAAGCACAAUUCAAGGUUCAGGAAUCAGAAGCCAUCUAUAAGGGAUGUGUCUUUGAUGCAAACAAUCGCCGUCAGGAACUGGAGAAAGCCAGGGAGAGAAUCAUCUCCCACAUCCGCAAACUAGUGUACCAAGGUGAUGAGGUACUGACACGGGUGACACUGAGGAUGUUUAAGCUUCAGCAAGCCCAAGCAGAAAGAAUCCCUGUUGGAUACCAGAACCUGACUGAGUUCUGUAAGCCCUACAAAGUUGGGGAGAAAUACCUGGAAUUCAUUCAGAAGCUGCAGAGGAAAGAACUACCCGUGGAGAUUUACAAAUUUGAGGAAUUUGCCCCUUCAGGGCAAAGGUCACCCUCCAGUGCUAAAAGAAAGAAUGCCGCACAAUAUAUUCGUAUCUCAUCCUCUGCUGUUGACCUCAGCAACUCCUCAGAGGAAGCUUCUGGGAAGCCAUCUUCCUCAAGUAGUGAGCAAAGUGCCAACAAAUCCUUCUGCAGUGACACAGAGAGCCUGGGAGGAAGUACAGAGUGCCAGUCCUUGGAUUCAUCCACGUCUAGUCCAGAUCUCAAUGAUGUAUCGGAAAAUGGCUUGCCCCAUGGCCUGCUGAAGAACAUAAAGCUGUCAAGUGCGGCUCAGACUCACCGGCUGCGGAAGCUGCGGGGCCCUUCAAAAUGCAGAGAGUGUGAGAACUUCGUUGUCAAUGGCCUUGAAUGUGAGGAGUGCUUGCUGGCCUGUCACAAGAAAUGCCUUGAGACGCUUCUCAUCAACUGUGGCCACCAGAAGUUGCCAGCACGGGUGUCGCUCUUUGGGAUUGAUUUCAUUCAAGUACCACGAGAUUUCUCAGAGGAGGUGCCAUUCAUUGUGGUGAAGUGUACUUCGGAGAUUGAAAGUCGUGCUCUGGGAGUGCAGGGACUCUACCGCAUUAGUGGAUCCAAAGCACGCAUGGAAAGGCUGUGCCAGGCUUUCGAGAAUGGACGAAGACUGGUGGAGCUCUCGGAUCAUUCGCCCCAUGACAUCACUGGAGUCCUGAAACAUUUCCUUAAGGAGCUUUCUAGCCCUGUGCUCCCUUUCGAGCUUUAUGAUGAUUUCAUGGCCCUCUCAAGGAAUUUACAGAGACUCGAAGACAGAUCAGGGGAUGAUUCUGAGACACUUGUAGAUCCCAUCAAGAGCGCAAAGGACUUACUGAGCAAAUUGCCAGCAACAAAUUACAACACUUUACGACACCUCAUUGCUCACUUGUACAGGGUGGCUGAAAAAUACGAAGAGAACAAGAUGUCUCCCAACAAUCUGGGGAUCAUCUUUGGCCCAACACUAAUCCACCCUCCCUUUAGCAACGACAUUUCCCUGUCAAGUCUGGUGGACUCAGCGUACCAGUCCCAGCUGGUUGAGUUUCUCAUUCUGAACUAUGAAAGGAUCUUUGGGAUGGAUGACUUACCUUUGACGGGACUUUGUGAACGUGAAAACUCAUUGAAAGAAGCAAAUGCCAAUGAUACUCUUUCAAGCAACGAAAGAGAUCUUGAUGUGUCUUCUGAGAAGAAUCCUUCCAAGUUGUAUCUGGAUGAGGAGGAAGAUGUGCCUGAGGAUUGUUCUAGCACUGAGGACAGGCAGAAGGAAAGCAUGGAGGAAACACACUUCCCUGAAAGCGGAGGCACCGUAGAGCUGAACAGCAGAGCCAACACCAAACCAAAGGAUUCUCUACUUGACACAGAUGCCACAAUCAGCCAGCAGUCCAGGGGCCACUUCAGCCGGAUGCCUGUGAAACAUCCUCGGACCAUCAUCCCAAAGGCAGCUACCAUGCCCCUUCUGGCCACUUCCCUUUCUAGCUCAGAAACAGAUGGUGGUCUCCUGGAACAAGGGGCAAGCAGACGCAGUGCCUCUCCAGAUCCACGUGGGAAAUGCAAGCACUUUGAGAUCACCCCAGAAACUGCCAGGAUUGUCUCUAAGCUCCAGCCUCUUCAGGGAAGUCCAGACUGCCAUCCAGCUGAGAUGGGGAUGCCACUGCAAGGGAGGCCUGUGGAUUCACUGGUAGAAAGUCAGGCUGAAUCCUGAGCAACUAGACAUUCUUUUUCUGGAAGCAAACUGCACCAGAGGGCUAGAAAAAUCUCACUUUUUAGAGACAAUUUGGAAUAAAAAAAAUAGCAUCAUCUGCCAAAGCAGAAUACAGCAGUCCACAGCUCUCUGAGAAUCUGACAGUUGCACUUAAAAAUUUGAGAAGAAACAGCUUUGAGUGCGUUUACUACGAGUGUAGAAUUCUUCCUCCACAUUUAACUGCUGCAUUUUGUCAGCUGGUCAUGUUUGCGAAGUUAUCUCCAAAGUAAGGGAAUGAGCCAGGGGGGAAAUGAUGGGACUCUAUAGGCUACAAGUCCAGUGGUCCAAGCUCUCAAAAUGGGGCUGAUACUGUUUCUUCAAGUGGGACUCAGCACUCCCGGGGAUGCUUGGUAGGAUGGAAGAUUUCUGGAGGCAAAAGGACAAAUGCUGGGGAAAUCUCAUAACACUGUUUGAAGUACUAAUGAUGUUGUGAGUACAAUAUGGCUAUUUUUUCCCCAAGCCAUAUG